AUGGUGCAGUUGCGGCUCAUCGAUUGGGGUCUGGCCGAGUUUUAUCACCAGGGUACCGAGUACAAUGUCCGCGUAGCCUCCAGAUAUUUCAAGGGCCCCGAACUGCUAGUCGACUUCCAAGAAUACGACUACAGUCUCGACAUGUGGAGCUUGGGCGCUAUGUUUGCUUCCAUGAUUUUCCGCAAGGAACCCUUCUUCCACGGUAACUCCAACUCGGACCAACUCGUUAAGAUCGCCAAAGUACUCGGUACGGACGACCUCUUUGACUACCUCGACAAGUAUGAGAUUGAGCUUGAUGCCCAGUACGACGACAUCCUGGGCCGUUUCCAGAAGAAGCCGUGGCACUCCUUCGUAACAGCCGAGAACCAGCGUUUCGUCAGCAACGAAGCGAUCGACUUCUUGGACAAGCUGCUGCGAUAUGACCACCAGGAACGUCUCACUGCCAAGGAGGCCCAGGCGCACCCCUACUUCAACCCUGUUCGGGAUCCCGAGGUCUUCAAGCAGCACUUGGCCAGCCAGACCGCCUCCGGUGUCAGCAGCAACUGA